CGUUAGAAAAGAGCCGAACCCUGUGGAUCCAGUUAUUUCCAGGAGACGUUGGGAAGACGGGCUCAUUUUUAAAUUUAAUCAUUUUAAAGAAGCCAGUUGGAUGAGAGUCAUAUUUCGGAAUAAUCACUGUGCUCACUCAAAGGAGGAGCUAAGGUGAAUCGGUAUGAAACGUAGCAAAAUAAAGAACGACGGCCAACUCUGACUCGGUUCCUAGCUUUCACGGUCGAUAGACUCGGCUCGUCCAGGACGUCACAACUCCACUCAGAGCUUAGCCACACUAGCCAGUCAUCACCGGCCCCAGCAGCGGCAGCAGUGGCAGUGAAGUAGCCACCGAGCGUCACUCUAAGGCCCGAAAAUGAGCCACUUUAAGGAGCGUUUCGUGACUCUGCUUCACGAGAAGAACUUUUUCACAGACCAGCUGGCAACACUGGAACAGAAAACGGGAGUGAAGAGGGAAUAUAUCGCGCUGGGUGCUCUGAGUGUGGUCGGCUUGUAUCUCCUGUUUGGAUACGGAGCCUCUCUGCUCUGCAACCUGAUUGGCUUCAUUUAUCCAGCUUAUUUCUCCAUUAAAGCCAUCGAGAGCAACAUCAAAGAGGACGACACACAGUGGCUGACAUACUGGGUGGUAUAUGGGCUCUUCAGCAUUGUGGAGUCCUUCUCUGACAUCUUCCUCUUCUGGUUCCCCUUUUACUAUGCUGGAAAGUGCUUGUUCCUGAUGUGGUGCAUGGCUCCGGUGACGUGGAACGGCUCCGACAUCCUGUACAAGCGCGUGAUCCGACCGUUUUUCCUGAAACAUCAGGCUGCAAUGGACAACGUGGUCAGCGAUCUGAGCGCCAAGGCCAAGAACAUAACUGACGCUGUUACGAAGGAGGCUGUUAAUCGAGUCCUUCAUGACAAGGAUCAAUGAGACACAGUGGAAGGCUCUGUGUGUGUGUGUCUCUUAUGUGUGUGUAUUCAUGUAUUACAUGUCAGGGUAGUUGGAAGGGUACUUGUUUGUGUUGUGUUGUUUUGUUUGUCCUCCAUGACCAACGAUGAAGAUCAGCCGCGCUGUCAUGACAUGAACUGAAGUGUCCUCGUCGGUGCUGCUUCACUGCCAUCGGUACUGCUCAGACAAUCAGGGAAACGGUGACAUUUUGUGAGAUCUCUUCUUCUUUGACAAAAUAAGACUUUGAAAUGUUUUCUAAAACCACCAUUGUCUAACUGUCUGAAGCAAAACUGGGAGUUUUGACGAUUGUUCUUACAAGCCUUAAUGUCAAACUGAGCAUUAAGACUCAGUUUGAAUUGUCGCUUCUCUCACUCUAACUGUUUGACUUCUGUUUUUUUCCCUUUUUACUUGUUCUAAUUUAUCAUCUCAGACUUGAUGGCUAAUUAAAACUGGAAUUCUGAUGAAAAAAA